UCCCCCCAACUCUACAUGGAUAACUCAUUCGACUUUGGAGUUGUUUUCAUUCUUCUGAAAGAUUUCAAAUCCUUUAGAAGCCAAAAUGGACACAGUAAACAGAUACGAAUUUUACUUCUAAACGAAAUGGAAAAACUGGAGAAGACCCUCUUCAGACUUGAACAAGGGUUUGAACUACAGUUCAGAUUAGGCCCGACUUUACAGGGAAAAGCAGUUACUGUGUAUACAAAUUACCCAUUUCCUGGGGAAACAUUUCAUCGAGAAAAAUUUCGUUCCCUGGACUGGGAAAAUCCAACAGAAAGAGAGGAUGAUUCUGAUAAAUACUGUAAACUUAAUCUGCAGCAAUCUGGAUCAUUUCAGUAUUACUUCCUUCAGGGAAAUGAGAAAAGUGGUGGAGGAUAUAUAGUUGUCGAUCCUGUUUUACAUGUCGGUGCUGAUAAUCACGUGUUACCCUUGGACUGUGUUACUCUCCAGACAUUUUUGGCUAAAUGUUUGGGACCCUUUGAUGAAUGGGAAAGCAGACUUAGGGUUGCAAAAGAAUCAGGUUACAACAUGAUUCAUUUUACCCCAUUGCAGACUCUUGGACUAUCUAGGUCAUGCUAUUCCCUUGCUGAUCAGUUAGAAUUAAAUCCUGACUUUUCAAGACCUAAUAAAAAAUAUACCUGGAAUGAUGUUGGGCACCUAGUGGAAAAGAUGAAAAAGGAAUGGAAUGUUCUUUGUAUUACUGAUGUUGUCUACAAUCACACUGCCGCUAAUAGUAAGUGGAUCCAGGAGCAUCCAGAGUGUGCAUAUAAUCUUGUGAAUUCUCCACACUUGAAACCUGCCUGGGUCUUAGACAGAGCACUUUGGCAUUUCUCCUGUGAUGUUGCAGAAGGGAAAUACAAAGAAAAAGGAGUGCCUGCUUUGAUUGAAAAUGACCAACAAAUGAAUUGCAUCCGAAAAAUAAUUUGGGAGGAUGUUUUUCCAAAGAUUCACCUCUGGGAAUUUUUCCAAGUAGACAUUUACAAAGCAGUUGAGCAGUUUAGAGGACUUCUUACACAAGGAAGGAGAGUAACUAAAUCUGAUCCAAAGGAACAUCUUAAGAUUAUUCAGGACCCUGAGUAUAGACGGCUUGGCUGUACUGUUGAUAUGAACAUUGCACUAGCAACUUUCAUACCACAUGACAAUGGACCAGCUGCAAUUGAAGAAUGUUGUAAUUGGUUCCAUAAGAGACUUGAAGAAUUAAAUGAAGAGAAGUUUCGACUUAUGAAUUAUCAUCAGGAACAGGCAGUUAAUUGCCUUUUGGGAAAUGUAUUUUAUGAGCGAAUGGCUGGCCAUGGUCCUAAACUGGGACCUGUCACUAGAAAAUAUCCUUUAGUUACCAGGUAUUUUACUUUCCCAUUUGAAGAAAUGGCAUUCUCCACAGAAGAAUCUAUGAUUCAUCUCCCAAAUAAAGCUUGUUUUCUAAUGGCACAUAAUGGAUGGGUAAUGGGAGAUGAUCCUCUUCGAAACUUUGCUGAACCAGGUUCAGACGUUUAUUUAAGGAGAGAACUUAUUUGCUGGGGAGACAGUGUUAAAUUACGCUAUGGGAAUAAACCUGAGGACUGUCCCUAUCUCUGGGCACACAUGAAGAAAUACACUGAAAUAACGGCAACUUAUUUCCAGGGAGUGCGUCUUGAUAACUGCCACUCAACACCUCUUCAUGUAGCUGAGUACAUGUUGGACGCUGCUAGGAAAUUGCAACCCAAUUUAUAUGUAGUAGCUGAACUAUUCACAGGAAGCGAAGAACUGGACAAUAUCUUUGUUACUAGACUGGGCAUUAGUUCCUUAAUAAGAGAGGCAAUGAGUGCGUAUAACAGCCAUGAAGAGGGCAGGUUGGUUUACCGAUACGGAGGCGAACCCGUGGGAUCCUUUGUGCAGCCCUGUUUGAGACCUUUAAUGCCAGCAAUCGCACACGCCCUGUUUAUGGAUAUUACCCAUGAUAAUGAGUGUCCUAUAGUCCACCGAUCAGCAUAUGAUGCCCUUCCAAGUUCCACAAUUGUUUCCAUGGCCUGCUGUGCUAGUGGAAGUACAAGAGGCUAUGAUGAAUUAGUGCCUCAUCAGAUUUCAGUGGUGUCUGAAGAGCGAUUUUAUACCAAGUGGAAUCCUGGAGCAGCGCUAUCAAAUACAGAAGAAGUUAAUUUGCAAAGUGGCAUUAUUGCUGCCAGGUGUGCUAUCAAUAAACUUCAUCAAGAGCUUGGAGCCAAGGGUUUUAUACAGGUUUAUGUGGAUCAGGUUGAUGAAGACAUAGUGGCAGUAACAAGACAUUCACCUAGUAUCCAUCAGUCUGUUGUGGCUGUGUCUAGGACUGCUUUUAGGAAUCCCAAGACUUCAUUUUAUAGCAAGGAAGUGCCUCAAAUGUGCAUCCCUGGUAAAAUUGAGGAAGUCGUUCUUGAAGCUAGAACUAUUGAGAGAAAUACAAAACCCUAUAAGAAGAAUGAGAAGUCAAUCAAUGGACUGCCAAACUUCACAGUAGAAAUUAGGGAACAUAUUCAGCUUAAUGAAAGUAAAAUUGUUAGACAAGCUGGAGUUGCCAUAAAAGGGCCCAAUGAAUAUAUUCAAGAAAUAGAAUUUGAAAACUUGUCUCCAGGAAGUGUUAUUGUAUUCAGAGUUAGUCUUGAUCCGCAUGCACAAGUUGCUGUUGGAAUUCUUCGAAACCAUCUGACACAGUUCAGUCCUCACUUUAAAGCUGGAAGUCUUGCUGUUGACAAUUCAGAUCCCAUAUUAAAAAUUCCUUUUGCUUCCAUUGCCUCUAAAUUAACUUUGGCUGAGCUAAAUCAGAUCCUUUACCGGUGUGAAUCAGAAGAGCAAGAAGAUGGUGGAGGAUGCUAUGACAUACCAAACUGGUCAUCCCUUAAAUAUGCAGGUCUUCAAGGAUUAAUGUCUGUGUUGGCAGAAAUAAGACCGAAGAAUGACUUAGGACAUCCUUUUUGUGAUAAUUUGAGAUCUGGAGAUUGGAUGAUUGACUAUGUCAGUGGCCGGCUUGUUUCACGAUCAGGAACUAUUGCUGAAGUUGGUAAAUGGUUACAGGCCAUGUUCUUCUACCUGAAGCAGAUCCCACGUUACCUAAUUCCAUGUUACUUCGAUGCUAUAUUAAUUGGUGCAUACACCACUCUUCUGGAUAUAGCAUGGAAGCAGAUGUCAAGCUUUGUUCAGAAUGGUUCAACCUUCGUAAAACACCUUUCACUGGGCUCAGUCCAAAUGUGUGGAGUAGGAAAAUUCCCUUCCUUGCCAAUUCUGUCACCUUCACUUAUGGAUGUACCAUAUAGGUUAAAUGAGAUCACAAAAGAAAAGGAGCAAUGUUGUGUUUCGCUAGCUGCAGGCUUACCUCAUUUUUCUUCUGGUCUUUUCCGCUGCUGGGGAAGGGAUACUUUCAUUGCACUGAGAGGUAUACUGCUGAUUACUGGACGCUAUUUAGAAGCCAGGAAUAUUAUCUUAGCAUUUGCUGGUACCCUGAGGCAUGGUCUCAUUCCAAAUCUCCUCGGUGAAGGAACUUACGCCAGAUACAAUUGCCGGGAUGCCGUGUGGUGGUGGCUACAGUGUAUUCAGGAUUACUGUAAAUUGGUUCCAAAUGGUCUAGACAUUCUCAAGUGUCCCGUUUCUAGGAUGUAUCCUACAGAUGAUUCUGCUCCUUUGCCUGCUGGCACACUGGACCAGCCACUGUAUGAGGUGAUACAGGAAGCUAUGCAAAGACACAUGCAGGGCAUCCAGUUCCGAGAAAGUGCCGGCGCCCAGAUCGAUCGAAACAUGAAGGAUGAAGGUUUUAAUAUAACUGCAGGAGUUGAUGAAGAAACAGGAUUUGUUUAUGGAGGAAAUCGCUUCAAUUGUGGCACAUGGAUGGAUAAAAUGGGAGAAAGUGACAGAGCUAGAAACAGAGGAAUCCCAGCUACUCCAAGAGAUGGAUCUGCCGUGGAAAUUGUGGGUCUGAGUAAAUCUGCUGUUCGUUGGUUGCUGGAAUUAUCAAGAAAAAAUAUUUUCCCUUAUCAUGAAGUCACAAUUAAAAGACAUGGAAAGGUUGUAAGAGUCUCCUAUGAUGAAUGGAAUAGAAAAAUGCAGGACAACUUUGAAAAGCUGUUUCAUGUUUCAGAAGACCCUUCAGAUUUGAAUGAAAAGCAUCCGAAUCUGGUUCACAAACGUGGCAUAUACAAAGAUAGUUAUGGAGCAUCAAGUCCUUGGUGUGACUACCAGCUCAGGCCUAAUUUUACCAUAGCAAUGGUUGUGGCCCCCGAGCUCUUUACUACAGAAAAAGCAUGGAAAGCUUUGGAGAUUGCAGAAAAAAAAUUGCUUGGCCCCCUGGGCAUGAAAACUUUAGAUCCAGAUGACAUGGUUUACUGUGGAAUUUAUGACAAUGCCUUAGACAAUGACAACUACAAUCUUGCUAAAGGUUUCAAUUAUCACCAAGGACCUGAGUGGCUGUGGCCCAUUGGGUAUUUCCUUCGUGCAAAAUUAUAUUUUUCCAAACUGAUGGGUCAGGAGACUCAUGCAAAGACUAUGGUUUUAGUUAAAAAUGUUCUUUCCCGACAUUAUGUUCAUCUUGAAAGAUCCCCUUGGAAAGGACUUCCAGAACUGACCAAUGAGAACGGCCAGUAUUGUCCUUUCAGUUGUGAGACACAAGCCUGGUCAAUCGCUACUAUUCUUGAGACACUGUAUGAUUUAUAAUUGAUUUGUGGAUGUUAUACCUUGUGUGCAAUUACUUAUGGAAUGCAAGGUCAUAAUAUAAUGUAAAUGCUUUAUAUAUACAGGCUCAACUCAUUUAAAAAAUCAUAUCUAUAUAAUAAUGAUGCCCAAUGAGAUGAGAUUAUAAAAGCAAUAAAAGCAUCUUUAAAAAUAAAUGUACAGAGAUAGCUUUCAACUUGAAUCAGAAAGAAAAAUUAUUGUUACCAAUGGGAUGCCUUUCUUUUGAAUUCAGUAAGCUUCAAAUGCCUAGAAAUCCUAUAAUCUUCCACAUGUACAUAAGUGAAAAUAUAAUAACUGCAAUCGCAUUACCCACAGUUUUGCUUUCCAUGAUUUCAGUUAUCCUCAGUCAACUGCCAUCCGAAAAUAUUCAAUGUAAAAUUUUAAAAUGAAGAAUUGGUAAGUUUUAAAUUACAUAACACUUUGAGUGGCAUGAUGAAAGCCUGCACCAUCUCGAAUCAGCCCUUUGUCCAGCUCUCCAUGCUGCCUGUACCAACACCUGUCAGUCACGUAGUAGCUGUCUCAGUUAUCAGAUGGAUAGUCAGAGCUUAGGACCAGUGCUUGUGUUCAAGUUACCCUUGUUUUAUUUAAUAAUGGCCCCAAGCACAAGAGUAGCGCUGAUGACAUAUCAUUGUAAUUGUUCUCCUUUAUUAUUAGUUACUGUAGUUAAUCUCUUUCUGUGCCUAAUUCAUGAAUUAAACUUUAUCGUAGGUACAUGUGCAUUGCAAAAAACACACUAUACGUAUAGUUCAGUAAUAUCCCUGCUGUCAGGCACUCACUGGGGAUGACGGAAAACAGCUGUAAUAAAAUAAAUGGAAAAUUGUCUUUAAAUUAUGGUAUGUAUUACCUUCAGUCACAAUCCAUAGUAAAUAGACCGUGGUUCAUUCAUGUUCUCGCUGUUUACUGUAAUAGUCUACAGACCUUCCACAGUGCGUUCAAUACAUAGUGUUCAAGGAUGGAAGUUUCCGCCUACAACUUAUGUUCAUAGAUGGAGCACAGAUGUUCAAAAUGUGUUUUUAUGUUUUUUUUCCCAUAGGUACAGUAGAAUUUUUUUAAUAUAAUGAAUGCCAGCAGGAUAUAUAACACCAUUUACUUGUGCUAAUAAUGCAUAGGAUACAUGAAAGAAAUGCAAAGCAUUAAGGAAUGUAUUUCCUAAAAAUUAUUUUGUUAAAUUAGCUUUUAGUUCCAGUUUCUUAUUACGAGAUAGUUUACAUUUUCAAAAUGGAAAUUGUGGACAUAUUUAUAAGCACUUUAAAGAAAAAAUAUUUUAUUGAUUUUCUACAAUCUAACAAUUAUCCUCCAUUUGUGUGCUGGAAUCUAUUGGUAGAUCACAGUACAUACCAGUUUCCUGUUAACCAAAACUUAAAUUGACAAGUUAGGAUUGAGAACAAUCUUGGUUUAAUGAGACUAGGCAUAAAUCCAGUAGUUAGCUUGAAUCCAGUAAGUUAAUUUGACAAGGUUUUUUUUAAUGUUAUUUUACAGUACUUUAAAUCUGAAAAAAAUCAUAAAAAGAAAAGGUUUUAACAUUUAUAUGAGUUAACAUUUUUGAAUAGUACUUAUUUCUUAAAUGGAAUUUUUUUACUGACGUACUAUGUAUUUGUCUUAAAAAACAAAAUCAAAAAAGUUUAGAUUAUUGUACUUUGAGUUGGAAGAAACUAGUUGCAAAAGUUCAUUACUAUCUGUUAUUACUUAGUGAUAUAUUGAUAGUUAAUAAAAUAAUGAUGCAGUAGCACUCCUUUCAGAGGUCACCAGCAACUUUAAAUAUGAUUAAAAUAUAAAAAUAGGGAAGAAAAAUAAGCAUUCUAAAGCUUCUGUGUAGCAAAAACAGAGUCAGAUGUCAAAUACCCAUUCUUGAAGCCCAUUCAGUUUACUAUAAGAUUACCUGCUCCCCCUUCUUCAAAGCUGACCCUCUUAGAAAUAGUUUUAUUAAUAACUAGCUUAGUUUUCUGGCUUCCCAACCUAAAGUAGUUGUGACUGUAAUCUGACCACUAUCUGUUAGCACAAGAGCUUCCAAAUUGAUCUUCCUUCAGUUUCUUCCUUGCUCAACACACAGCCCUCCCUAAAGUGCAGGUAAAAGGAAUGCCUUACCUUGAGAGAACCAUAGUUCAUCAAAGGCUUAUGUCAUUACUUAGCUCUACUCCAGCUUCUAUAUUAAAGGAGAUAAGGGUAACAGCAAAUGGGCGUAUUUAACCAAAGCAAGAAGUAAUCUCUGACGAUUAAGUGUGACCAAAAAGUAAAUAAAUAACAAGUUGACAAUUUUUAAAAUAUAGCCAUACUGGGUUAUUUAUAAUAGUGCCGAUACUCACCUCAGUAAACAUCUAGGAUAUCAUG